AUGACGAUCCCCCAGCGCCGCUCUCCGUCCAACCAACACUCACAACACAGGCACACGUCAACUUCUCAACUUCUCGCUGGUUCUCGUCCAAGUAUCUCCCUAACCUUUGUGACUGCAUCAAAGCAGCAGCAGCAGUUCUGUAUCGCCGUUUUCGUGUCAUGCGCCAGUGAGUCCGGAGUUAUUGACCCUGUGGAUCGCCAACCACAGUUCGCCAUCAUCGCCCACUGA